AUGAUAGUAUUUCCCUUCUAUCCUUCCCUUGUUCAGCACUCCCUGAUCAUUCUGUCCCUACUUGGUCUAUUGAUGAAAGUGUGUGGAUCAUUGAUUGUAUCUGAUUCAAAGCCCAAUGUGCUACUGAUAUUAGCAGAUGAUCUAGGUUUGGGUGACUUAGGUUGCUUUGGCAAUGUUACACUUAGGACUCCUAAUAUUGAUCGCCUUUGCAAAGAAGGUAUAAAACUCACCCAGAAUAUUGCUGCAGAGUCAGUGUGUACCCCCAGCAGAUCAGCUUUCCUCACAGGCAGAUAUCCAGUUCGAACAGGGAUGGUCUCUAGAACUGUUUCACGUAAGCGUAGUGUCUUUAAUUCACUUGGGGUCAGUGGAGGGCUCCCUCGGAAUGAAACCACGUUUGCAGCCACCCUGAAGAAGUAUGGUUACAGCACAGCACUAAUAGGUAAAUGGCAUCAAGGUCUAAAUUGUAAAUACCGAAAUGACUACUGCCAUCAUCCUAACCACUAUGGCUUUGACUAUUUCUAUGGUAUGCCACAUACACUCUCUGGGAGUUGUUGGCCAGAUCCUUCACGUGACACAGAAUUAGCUAUAGCAAAUAAACUUUGGUUCUGCAUGGAGCUAAUCAUCAUUGCUGUGCUUACACUGACUGUGGGAAAACUAAUUCAUUUGGUCUCCAUCCCCUGGUUGUUUAUUAUUUGCAUUAUUUUAUUUGGCAUCCUUCUGGCCUUUUCUUGGUUUUCCAGUUUUGACACUUCUCUGUACUGGAAUUGCAUUCUCAUGAGACAACAAGAAAUUGUAGAACAACCUAUGAAGGCUGAAAGAGCUGGCUUAAUUAUGCUAAAGGAGGCAGUCUCUUUUAUCAAAAGAAACAAAGAUAGACCUUUCCUCCUAUUUUAUUCUUUUUUGCAUGUCCAUAUACCUCUUCCCACAACAAAUGAGUUUAUUGGCAUUAGCAAGAAUCACCUUUAUGGAGAUAAUGUAGAAGAGAUGGACUUUCUGGUGGGCAAAAUUCUUGAUGCCAUUGAUGCAAAUGGAUUGCGAAACAACACAAUUGUGUACUUUGCCUCAGACCAUGGAGGACAUCUGGAGAUCAUGAGUGGAAAGAUUCAUACAGGGGGCUUUAAUGGAAUAUAUAAAGGUGGAAAAGGAAUGGCAGGUUGGGAAGGUGGAAUUCGAGUCCCAGGUAUUAUUAGGUGGCCAGGAGUGUUGCCAGCUGGAAAAGUUAUCAAGGAACCUACAAGUUUGAUGGACAUUUACCCAACUCUAGCUGCACUAGUAGGAGCACCUUUACCUCAGGAUAGAGUGAUUGAUGGACAAGAUUUAAUGCCCUUAUUGAAGGGAGAAACUCAACACUCAGAGCAUGAAUUCAUGUACCACUACUGUGGCCCAUUUUUACAUGCUAUGCGGUGGAAACCAAAGAACAGUGAUGCUGUUUGGAAGGUCCAUUAUGUGACUCCAGUUUUCCAGCCCAAAGGAGAAAUAGGUUGCUUUGAUAAAUUACUUUGUCAAUGUGUAGGAGAAAAUGUUGCAUAUCAUGAUCCACCUUUGUUGUUUGACCUCUCAAAGGAUCCUUCUGAAUCUAAGCCCCUUUCCCAAGACACUGAGCCUUUCUAUAAAACAGUAAUAGAGACAGCAGAAAAAGCAUUAAAGAACCAUCAAAAGACACUCACAAGUGUCCCAGAGCAGCUUACUUUGUACAACAAGGAUUUACUAUGGCUGAGGCCAUGCUGUGGUGUUUUCCCAUUCUGUCUCUGUGAUAAGGAAGUUGGAAAUUAUACUAUGUAAUUAUAACUAAAAAUAAAAUGAGAUGCUUACCAUU